AUGGGAUUAGUUGUGAAAAAGCCAUGUCUGCAAUUGUUGUCAUCGAAAAAUCAAUCAGCAACCACAAACAUAAAACGAACAUCAUCUAUUAUUAUAAUGACUAGCAAACAGACUGAAGAACAGCUUAUGUCAAGUCGAUCAGACAUUAUAUCUUCUAAUUAUGGCGAAAUUGAUAAAAAAAGAAAUUAUCAUUCUCCACUUAAAAGUCCGGAACUUAUACGAUCUCCUUCUCGACGUUUAGCACGUUCAGCAAUAACAAUUUGCUGUACAAAUUGUAAAAUUCCAUUAUUAACCGAUGUUAAUCAACAUGAAACAUUAAAUAAAUCGCGUGCUUCGAGUACAUUUCAAUCUGAACGUUUAUGUCAAGAAUGUAAUGAAGAAAAAGCACAAAAUGGACGUAAACCUCCCAGUCGUUUAUUAAAAUCAGCUUCUGUUAAUUGGUCUAAUAUGGUUGGAAAAAUUGGAACAUGGUUUGAAAAGGCACGAACACCAGAUCAAAAAGUUGUCUACAAUUUUUUGGAGCAAAUUAAUAAUGAACAAACCGAAAAAACAACAGAAGCAACAAAUGCAAAAAAUCUUGAUGAUGUACUUAAUAGUUUAAAAAAAUAUCAAACACGUUUUAAUUCACCUCGUCCUCGAAAUAAAUUUACACGUGAAUUUGAAUCAUCAAGUUGGCGUGUUAUGCGUCAUCCAACAAUAUCUUAUCAAUUUAGUCGUUAUAAUGCUGCUUAUGGUGAUGAAGCUUCACGUGAUUUAUAUCUUGGUUCAAUAUAUGCACAAACAAAUCCAAGAAUUCGUUCUACUUUUUUAAUACAUCCAAAUUGGGUUUAA